AUGGCUUCUGCCGUGUGCAAACGCGCGGCAGAGAAGCUGGAGAUUCCCUGGCCGGUCGCAAUAGCGGAGCCCACCCGGUCCUGCUACGAAGGCAAACGGCUUCCCUUGGCACGAAAUGCGGUGAAGCAGCUUCUCCCUGUCUUCCCCGAGUUGCUGACGGAGCUCUCCAAAACAUGGACUAGCUGCCCAUACAGCAACAGGAGCCCUAUUUCGGGCGCAGCAUCCCUCGACUGCGAGGCGAUGGACGCCCACGGCCUCCUCUCCAUGCCUCCGGUGGAAGUCCCGGUAGCUGCGCACCUCUGCCCAGGCAGCGUGAGCCAGCUGUCUGCGGCUUCCCCCAGGUGCCCGACGCUGCCAGCUAAGCCUGAGCGGUUUCAGUCUGCGCUGACCGAAAGGGCAUACAAAGCAGCAGCCCUCUCGGCCAGAGCCCUCAGCACCCUCUCCAUCCUCACUGCCUACCAAGCGGAGUUGUUUGGCGUGUUUGCCAUUCCCCGUUGCGCAGGUCCACCGUUUUGGCUUGUUUGUGUGCGCCCCGCGCCACCGUUGCCCAUCCCAGAGCCGGUCCGCGAGGAGAGGGACAUAGCCCCGGAGGUUUGCGCGGUUGCGCCCCGAGCGGAAUCCAAAACAGACAAUGCUCUCUCCAUAAGCAGGGUGGCCGCUCAGCCCCCUGCAGCUCUGCUCCCGGGACGGGCACCGCCGUCCCCGCGGAGCAGAGCGGAGCGCCCCACCGUACCUCCGGUGGUGCCCGAGAAUCAUUUCUCGGUUCUACCACAGGGAGGCGCGGGGCAGGAGCCGCAAUAUGUUCCCCCGCUUUCUCUCAGAUGGGAAAGCUGGAGAGCAGCAGCAGCUCCACCAUGGGUGUUGCGUACAAUUUCCCGGGAAUACAGGCUUCAAUUCGCCACUGUCCCUCCCCGCUUCUCCGGCGUAAUACACUCACGUGCACAGGGAGAAUCAGCUCGAGUUUUACGGGAGGAAAUUCUCUCUCUGAUUGACAAACGAGCGGUUUCCGUCGUAUCUCCCGAACAGAGUCUGUCAGGGUUUUAUUCCAGAUACUUCCUCGUCCCCAAACGGGGGGGGAGAGGAAUCCGCCCUAUUCUGGACUUAAGAGCCCUGAACAAAUUCCUGCGGAAAUACAAGUUCAGGAUGCUGACACAUGCAGCACUGCUGCGUCUAGUAAGACCGAACGACUGGUUUUCGUCCAUGGAUCUGAAAGACGCGUAUUUCCACAUUCCCAUUUAUCCCCCUCACAGACAAUAUCUCCGAUUUGCCUUUCAAGGGGUGUGUUACGAAUACCGUGUUCUAUCAUUCGGUCUGUCUCUCAGCCAGAGGGUUUUCAUACGGUGCACAGAGGCCGCGGUACCUCCGCUCAGACGCCAGGGGAUACGUCUGGCCAUGUAUUUGGACGACUGCCUCCUGAUUUGGUUUCUGGGAUUAUCCCUGCGCUCUGUUCCGUUCACAGCCCGCCUGUCAGAGGAAAGAGUGACGGUUUUCAGAACGUGCCUGUCACAAUUCCGUCUGCACAGGUCUGUCCAGUUCAGACUGUGCCUUCGGUUGCUGGGUCUGAUGGCCUCAGCCAUCCUCGUGAUUCGCCUCGGCCGCCUUCACAUGCGGAACUUUCAGCGCUGGGUCGCUUCGCUCCGAAUGGACCCCGUGCGUCAUGGCGCACGGCGGAUAACGGUCACAGCGGACUGUAUAACAGCUCUGCGCUGUUGGCGAGCCCCGUCCUUCCUGACCCAAGGGGUGCCUAUGGGCACCGUCUCGUCCAGGAAAGUGGUAACCACGGAUGCCAGCCUAUCAGGCUGGGGCGGCAUUCACGAGGGCAGGUCUGUGAGGGGUCGCUGGAGCCAGGCCCUCCAGCGCCUUCACAUAAACUUUCUCGAACUUUCGGCGGUGUUUCUUUCUCUGAGACAUUUCCUCCCAUUCCUCUCAGGUCACCAUGUCCUGGUGAGGACAGACAACACGACAACAGUGGCGUAUAUCAACCGCCAAGGGGGCCUGCGCUCCCGUACGUUGCACGAUCUGGCGCGCGACCUGAUUCUCUGGAGCAGUGCCCACUUUCUCUCCCUGAGGGCGACGCACAUCCCGGGAGACUUAAACACGGGUGCGGACCUGCUGUCCAGAGGCGCACCAGUGUACGGGGAAUGGACGCUGCACCCACAGGUCGUGGAGCAGAUAUGGGCGCGCUACGGGCGCGCUCAGAUAGAUCUGUUCGCGUCCAGGGAAAACGCUCGAUGGGAGCUUUUCUUCUCUCUGAGCACUCUGAAUGCCCCUCUGGGCGUAGACGCACUAGCGCACGCUUGGCCGCACAAGCUCCUAUACGCGUUUCCACCGCUGGCCCUGAUACCCCCCACUCUCGCCAGAGUGAGGGCAUUCAAUCACAAACUGAUCCUGAUAGCUCCACACUGACCAGCACAACACUGGCUGGCGGAGAUAUUCCAGAUGCUGUGCGCCCAGCCUUGGGAGCUGCCGCUGCGCAGGGACCUGCUCUCGCAGGGCGCGGGGACAGUGUUCCACCCACACCCGGAGCGACUGCAGCUGUGGGCCUGGCCCGUGAGUGGCUUAAUCUAACCACUGCCGGGCUCCCUCAGAGUGUAAUUAAUACUAUCCAAAACGCCAGGGCUCCCUCCACUAGGAACCUAUAUGGCUCCAAGUGGGGACUGUUUGAGCGGUGGUGUCUUGA